AUGCCACAUUUUGUCAAUUCUAGCCUAUUCAUGAGAUCUAUAGCAUCCAACCCAUCCUUCUGGUUGGCACACCUACGUGAGGUGGUUGAGGCUAAGGAAGAUACACUUUUAGAGUCAGCGGUGAAUGUAGAUGUAAAUGCAGAGACAACUGUGGAGGGUAGACAAUUCACAACUAGCAAAGAGCAAAGUAAGCACAGUGUACACACACGCAAAUUCAAGUUUCAUAUGACCUAUCCUGCACAUAACUUAGUUAUGGAAACUAAAGUGAAGAGGAGAGAAUGCAAGAAAGGCAAACUGAAGGAAGGUGAAAGAUGGAAAAGGUGGAAUAAUAACUUACCUGUUUUUUUCAUUUUCAUCGCUCACCGACUUCUUUAG